UCUGAAAUUGUCUUUUCAAAGUGAAAACUACUUUCAUUACCUUAAAAAAUGCAUUUAGCUAUUAGCUGCAUAAUUGCAUUAUUACAUUUCUUCUUUUGCGUCAUGGGUGGUGAAGAUAAUUUCCAUUGCAUAAAACCUUGUCCCUUUGUUUUCAAGCCCAUUUGUGCAACAAUUGAAAAUCCAGAAGGCAAGCUGUUAGAUUGUACCUUUCCAAAUGAUUGUUUUAUGAGAAUUUUUACUUGUAUGUAUGGCAAAAUAGAACUGGAACAUAAGCCGGAACAUUGCAAAACUUAUCCUCCUGAAUGUGUUGAUAUUAUCAUGGGUACAUUAUCAAUAUCAAACAAGUAAAUUAAAGUCGGGGGAGGCCCGACACCUGUUACAAAAAGUAAAAUGUGAUUUAGUUUUCAUAGUAAAACAUUAAAGUUG